GCUACAAGAUGAUCGGAGCGACAGCGGGCCGGAGAGCGGCGCAGGCAGCAGGACGGGAGACGGUUGGGCUUGCAAAGAGAAAUGCAUCGUCAUCAAGCUCACCGGCUGCCUCGACAUUGCAGCUCGUAGCAAGCGUCGACCGACCAUCGCUGCUCGCCUCACGCUUCUUCCCUAAGCCGCUUCAGGCCCAUUACCUGGCCAUUCGAGCCUUCAAUAUCGAAGUCUCGCGCGUGGCUGAGAGCGUAGACAACGAGCUCAUGGCGAGGAUCCGCGUGGCAUGGUGGCGCGACGCCAUCAAGAGUACCUUUCAAGGAAAAGCACCUCGCCAUCCCACCAUGUUAGCCCUGGCCGAUGCAAUUCACGACCCCGUGGUUCAAAGAAAUGGCGGUCUCGUCGAAGACCAUUUCCUCCGAAUUUGUGAUGCAAGGGAAAACGACCUUGGUGCACCGUUGGCGCCACCCUCGCUGGAGCAAGUGGAAUCGUACGCAGAGGCGACGUCGUCUCGGCUUUUCUACCUGUCGUUGAAUCUCGUCGGAGUCUCGAGUCCGACGCUCGACGAAAUCUUCAGCCAUCUCGGCAAGGCAAGCGGCAUCGCACUCCUCCUCAGCGCCAUGCCCUUCCAUGCCGGCGUCAUUCGUACAACGGAGCAGCCACAGGAGAACGAGACAGCAGAGCAGCAAAAGAGGAGAGCAAAGGGCGUGCUUCGACCGAAGAAGAGGAGAGUCGUGCUCCCGAGCGAGUAUCUGCAUGCUCACAACGUCGUCGAGGAACAAGUGUUCAGGGAAGGCAGCCACGCAAAGGGCCUCAAGGAUGCCGUCUUUGACACGGCUACACGCGCAAAUGACUACCUCAUCACGGCCAGGACUCUGUUACGAGACGAGUUCAAGGGGCGGAUACCACCGGCAGCUAUUGGGCCCUUGGUCGCGGCCGUUCCAGCGAGAACCUUUCUCGAGGAGCUGCAGCGAAAGGACUUUGACGUCUUUGAUCCGAGCCUGCCUCUGGUAGCCAGCGGAAGAGGGUGGCGGUUGCCGUGGAACAUGUGGAAGGUUGGUCUUCGGGGCAAGCUCUAGUCGACACAGUACUCUAAGCAUUGUACAAAUAUAAUCACAAUCACAUCAUGUUUU